UUCACUAAGACAGAGCGCACUACUGACUUACUGAGAGGACUACCAGUCAUAAUAUUACAACCUUUUCCUCUGCGCUCAAAACCACUGCAAAUCAUUCUCCUUGAUUUGGAUUUAGCAAAGAGGCAACAUGUGUAAGGGAUUAGCAACACUGCCUGCAACCUGUAUGAAAAGUGCCAAAGACAUCAAGCACAAGAUUGGAUUUCUGCUCCAUAAGCCUGAGGUUCCACCAGACAAGGAACAGAUAAAAGAGAAGACCAACAUUGCCAAGAGAGUUUCACCUGCUGAUGUGGAGAAAUGGAAACUGUCCUUCAACAACCUGAUGAAUAGUGAAGCUGGCCGUACGGUGUUCACUACCUUCCUGAAGGCAGAGUUCAGCCAGGAGAACAUGGAGUUCUGGAAAGCUUGUGAGGAAUACAAAAUGUCAGCCCCCAAAAAUAUGGCAGGUAAAGCCAAACAGAUCUAUGACCAGUACAUCGCGGCAGACGCUCUUAACGAGGUGAACUUGGACUCAGCAACGCGAGAGGAGACCAGACAGAACCUGUCUAAUGCCGGCCCAUUCUGUUUCGACAACGCCCAGCAGAAAAUCUUCACUUUGAUGGAGAAAGACUCAUACAGAAGGUUCCUCUAUUCCAAACUGAUCCAGGAUCUGUCCCCGUUGCCCACCACCACCACCCAACUCAGUGCUCUGGAGAAAAGGGGAGGGAUGAGAGGCUGUUCUGAGAGCGGUGGUGCAUAGACAGAGAUAGAAAGAGAGAAACAUUGACAAUUAAAACACUGUCAUAAUCUGUGAGGGAAAGAGUAGGUUGUCUUGAAGAGAAAACAUUGUUAUGAGUGGGUGGAUUUAGAUUUUUUUUCUGUCCGUUGCUCAAGAGAACUAUUUCAACAAGUAUCACAAAUUGCUUGUCUUUCAGACUAGGGUAUGCAUGGAGAGGGAGAGAAGAAAACGAUCAGAGAUGUGAUUUUCAGGACGAAAUAUCAUCCUCUUUCUCCUGAUUUUCCAUUGUUUUGUGAGGGUCUAUUUUCUUUCCAUGUAAUAUCUUCCUGAGUUCUAACAAGAGUCAAAUGAUUCAAACUGAGAUUUAGGCAUUUCACUCUGGUCAGCUCCCUGUUUCCCCCCUGUCUUGCUUUCAUCAAGGGCUCAAAGCUAAGUCAUGCAUGUACGCCAAUAAUGCUUUCCGGCUUGAAAAUGCUCUUCCUCAAACUGAGUGUUAAAUUAGAUUAUAGUUUAUGAAUGGAGAUAACUAUGUCUGGAUUGGUGUUAAAAGCUCCUUUCACAUGACUGGUGUUUAUGUUUUUCUAUCAGUGCUUUACCUUAGGCUCGUUUGUGCACUGCUGAGGUGUAGCUCACUUGCCCUCUGUUAACCUGCCGAUGAAGUCAUGACCAGGUGAUGUUUUGAUUCAAAACACAGGGAAAAACAAUGAGGAACUACCUCUCUAUCCAUCCCUAUCCCACUUUCUGGGUGACCUGAACAUUGACUGGUUAGCAACUAGCUGUCUUCUCAAGAGGAAGCUUGUGAGUGUGCCUGUAAUAUGACUCAGGUUGUCACUAAACCAACUAGAGUGCAAACUAAUAGUGUUGGAUCUGUAACAUCCAUUUGUAUUGGUCAUAUCUUCACUAAUGCUGCAGAGCUUUGCUCCAAGGCAAUAUCAGUUUCCUUUGGCUGUAGUGACCAUAACAUUGUGGCAAUAACAAGGAAAGCCAAAGGUUGGGCCUACAGUCAUUUAUUAAUUGUUAAUUCCAAUUGUUGACAAGCAUGCACCAGUUAAAGAAACGAACUGUGAGAAUUGUUAGAGCCCGAUGGAUUGAUGAUGAAUUGAAAAAUUGUUAUGGUUCAAAUAAAUAAUGCAAAAGAGGUGGCAAACAAGUCAGGCUGCUCAGCUGAUUGGUUGACAUACUGUAAACUUAACAAAUAUAAGAAAUUAUAUUACCAAAAAAAGAUAAAUGACAGAAAACACAAUGGAAAAAUACUUUGGAGUACCUUAAUGGGGCGGCAGGGUAGCAUAGUGGUUAGAGUGUUGGACUAGUAACUGGAAGGUUGCGAGUUCAAACCCCUGAGUUGACACGGUACAAAUCUGUCGUUCUGCCCCUGAACAGGCAGUUAACCUGCUGUUCCUAGGCCGUCAUUGAAAAUAAGAAUUUGUUCUUAACUGACUUGCCUGGUUAAAUAAAGGUAAAAUAAAAAAUUAUGUCGUGGGCAGAAAACCUUUCGAUAUUGCCAGUAAUUUCAAUGACUAUUUCACUAGUUACGUGGAAAAACUCUGAAGUGAAAUGACAACAAUUAACAGUGAAACAUCAUAUUUUUGUAUAAAAGAUAAUAAUGAAAGAGAAGGAUUGCUGUUUUUAAUGGUCAAUUUAGUGUGGGAGAGGUGGCAAAACUAUGGUUAUCAAUCAGUAAUCAAAAAACCACUGGGGAUAGACAACCUUGAUGGGAAACUAUUGAGAAUGGUAGCAGACUGUAUUGCCACUGCUAUUUGCUACAGUGCCUUCAGAAAAUAUUCACACCCUUUGACAUUUUCCACAUUUUGUUGUGUUAUAGCCUGAAUUUAAAGUGGUUAACAUUUAGAUUUUUUUUAUCAUUGACCUACACACAAUACUCCAUAAUGUCAAAGUGGAAUUAUGUUUUUCAACAAAGAAAUCUAAUUAAAAAUGAAAAGCUGAAAUGUCUUGAGUCAGUAAGUAUUCAACCCCUUUGCUAUGGCAAGCCUAAAUAAAUACGGCCAAAAAACAGUCAUUAAAUAUCCGUUUGAGCAGGGUGAAGUUAUGAAUUACACUUUGGAUGGUGUAUCAAUACACCCAGUCACUACAAAGAUACAGGCGUCCUUCCUAACUCAGUUGCCGGAGAGGAAGGAAACUGCUCAGGGAUUUCACCAUGAGGCCAAUGGUGACUUUAAAACAGUUACAGAGUUUAAUGGCAGUGAUAGAAGAAACUGAGGAUGGAUCAAUAACAUGUAGUUACUACACAAUAUUAACUUAAUUGACAGAGCGAAAAUAAGGAAGCCUGUACAGAAUAAAACAUUUUCCAAAACAUGCAUCUUGUUUUCAUCAAGGCACUACAGUAAAACUGCAAAAAUAUGGCAAAGCAAUAACAUUUUUGUCCUUGAUACAAAGUGUCCUGGAUACAAAGUGUUAUGUUUGGGGAAAAUCCAAUAUAACACAUUACUGAGUACCAGUCUCCAUAUUUUCAAGCAUUGUGGUGGCUGCAUCAUGUUAUGGGUAUGCUUGUAAUUGUAAAGGGCUGGAGCUAAGCACCGGGAAAAAAUCCUAGAAGAAGACCUGGUUCCUUGCCCUUAACUGCACAUACAGAACUAACAUCAACAACACGCAUGCUAGUCUUUCUUGGUUGAGGAUUGACGAGAGAAGAACUGCUUCUCUUGUAGUUUUUAUGAUAGAUAUUACUGUGAUGAAAAUUCCAGAUUACCUGCAUAAUAAAAUAAGAUUCAGCUCAGACACCCAUACAUAUCACACAAGACAUGCUACCAGUGGUUUCUUCACAGUCCCCAAGUCCACAUGAGCUCACGGCAGUAGUCAGUUUUAUACAGAGCCAUGGAACUCUCUUCCAUCUCCAAUUACUCAAGCAAACAACAAAACUAUGAGGGGACACACACACACACACACACACACACGCACGCACACACACACACACGCACACACACACACACACACACACACACACACACACACACACACACACAACACACACACACACACCAUUUUUUGUUGUUGUAUUUCUUUGUUGUAUUGUUUGUAUUAUUUUUAAUUUGCAUUGUUUGCAUAUCAUAAUAUUUUUUAUUUGUAUGACUUUUCUUGUCUAUCAAUGUAUCAGUGUUUUGUUACUUGUCAUGUUUUGUGUUUUUUUUGUGGACCCCAGGAAGAGAAGCUGCUGCUUUUACAAAAGCUAAUGGGGAUCCAAAUAAACAAAUAAAUAAAGUUAACCCACAGAGAGCCAGGCCUCUGUGUGGACAUCAUCAGAACAAUUUCGAUGUUGUCCCUCAGCUUCGUUCCACUGCAUGAAGGUAGCAACUCCCAUAAUAUAAUAUAUAUAAUAUAUAAUCACAGCGCAACUUGCAGUGCUGAGCAACUUCUUGCAUAGCUUUUAAUACAUGUCAAUGGUCUACUUCAAUGUAUUGGUCUACUUCAUGUCACUCUUCUUAUUCAACCAUUAACAUUUAACUUAAAUAUCCACGGCUGUAAGCUUUGUGUUCAUUCUAUGAAAACUGUUCCAAUUAUAGCUUUGUUGGUAUUGUAUUUUGAUAACACCUACCUGUAUUACUUAUUGUGAAUGAUUUAUGUUGUAAAGUUAUUGGGGAUGGACAAGUAGGGCAGAUGAACGUGUCUUAUUGGGCUCUCAUAUAUCAUUGAUAUUGAUACUAUUGCUGACACAAUUGAUAUAAUGACAGUAUCACCAUUAUAUCAUUAUAUCAAUUGGCGGCAGGGUAGCCUAGUGGUUAGAGCGUUGGACUAGUAACAAGGGGUCUGGAUACCAUCUGGUUCUUGGUCAGUUCAAGCUGACAAGGUACAAAUCUGUCGUUCUGCCCCUGAACAGGCAGUUAACCCAUUGUCCCUAGGCCGUCAUUGAAAAUAAGAAUUUGUUCUUAACUGACUUGCCUAGUUAAAAUAAAGGUAAAAUAAAUCAAUUAUAUGGUUCUGUGAGUUUUGAUUACACAUUAAUUUCGAUGUUGUCCCUCAGCUUCGUUCCAAUGCAUGAAGGUAGCAGCUCCCAUACAGAAUGAUAUAAUCACAGCACAACUUGCAGUGCUGAACAACUUCUUCCAUAGCUUUUAAUACAUGUGAAUGGUCUACUUCAAUGUAUUGGUCUACUUCAUGUCACUCUUCUUAUUACUCCUAUUAUUACUACAUAUUCAUUGUAAUAAUACAUUCUCUAUUUAUUUUAAGCCUC